CAACCUCAACCGACCCGUCUAUCGACAUCUCGAGCGCGCAUACAAGUGCGCGUGUCAGCGUGCCGCGGCGUUAUAUUUGUAGAUGCCUAAAGCCAUGCCUCAACCCACACCGUAAUGUGAGCCUGGACCCAGAAGCACAUGUGGCGGAGCAAUCUAUGUCAACCUCAACUCAUCCUUCCCCGCAAGAGUACGGGAUACAGGAUAUAUCACUUCCAACCCAGAACAAGCAAGAGCAAGGGAGGCAAGGCAGAGAACACGCAUCAUGAGCAACGAGCAAUCCGAACCCAUCGCAAACCGGGACACGCCCAUACCCGUAGUCUCUGUGACCGGUCCGCCCGACCACUCCCGCCCACCAACACCAAGCAACGAGAAUGGCUCCCAGCGCCACCUCUCCCCCAGCAGGCUCAAAGAGAAGCUUGAAUCCUUGGGGGACAACUUCGCUCGUCCAGAAUCCCCCGGUCGCGUGUCGGACCGUCUAUUCACCAUGCUUCUCUCCUCCGUCCUCCCUUCCGAGGACCUCUCCGACGACUCGCCAACUCCGCAAGUCAAAGACCGCCGCUCGCGAAACUACGUCGACCGCCCCAACUUCUCCCUCCCCGCCAUGUCCUCCAACUUCCGCCGCUUCAACGCCCGCAUAGGCGUAGCGUUCGUCUUCCAGAACCGCGCUAUCCGCCUCUUUACCUGGCGCCAGCCCACGCAAACCCUCUCCUUCCUCUUCGUGUACACCUUCGUAUGUGUAAAUCCAACGUUGCUGGCAGUGCUUCCACUAGCAUGCCUCCUCUUCUUCGUUAUGGUGCCCGCAUUCCUCGUGCGACACCCACCGCCGCCGAUGCACUUACCCACAGAUUUAUACCCACUAAGUGGGCCGCCGCUGGCCGCUGCUAGAACAGUAAAACCAGCUCCGGAGCUUUCCAAGGACUUCUUCAGAAACAUGCGCGACCUGCAAAACGCCAUGGACGACUUUUCCCGUCUCCACGACGCCGUCCUGGCUUUCAUCACGCCCCUCACCAACUUCUCGAAUGAAGCCCUCAGCUCCACGCUCUACAUCAUCCUCAUCUGCACCUCCUGCGCGCUCUUCAUCUCCGCACACCUCCUCCCCUGGCGCUUCAUCUUCCUCAUCGCCGGCUACGCCGCCACCAUCCUCGGCCAUCCAGCCAUCCAAGACCAGCUCGCGACCCCGGAAAACGAGCGCCUAUUCUCCGAGAAAGAGUCUGAGGGGCGCUCGAUGCUUCUCUCGCUGUCGAAAGCGGACAUCGAGCUCGAGACCAGCCCCGAUACACGAGAGGUAGAGAUCUUCGAGCUCCAGCACCGCGCGCUGCACGACGAACACGGCGAAUACGAAGCCUUCCUCUUUAGCCCCUCGCCCUACGCCCCUCUGUCUCCGAGCCGCAUAGCCGGCGACCGACCCCGGGGCACCCCCUUUUUCGAAGAUGUGCAGCCCCCGCGCGGAUGGCGCUGGAGCGACAAAAAGUGGACGCUCGACCUGCUAUCCCGCGAAUGGGUUGAAGAUCGCUGCGUUACCGGCGUAGAAGUGGAGAUCGAGGGCGAGCGGUGGGUCACGGAUCUGCAUUAUGAGGAGCUGGAGGAUAGUAGCAGUAGUGUGCGGAAGGGGAAGAAGGGGAAGGGAAAGGAGAGCGACAGUGAGAGGGAGGUUUUGAGACGGGCGUGGGAGAGUCACAAGCCGAGUCGGAGGGGCGAGUGGAGGAGACGCAGGUGGGUCAGGGGCGUGGAGAGGGUGCCCUUUGGUAAUGGAGCGGAUGCGUAGCCUCCCGUUUCCUCCUCUCUUCAAGUGUAGCUUUAUGUAUGCAGGAAUGUCAGUCAUGUCACUAG